AUGCACGAGUAAUGAAUUUACAUAAUUACUUAGUGGUCUUUAAUUACUUAAUGGUCUUUCUUGAAUCUUUACUUAAUUUCUUUAAUCUUUUGUUUUUGUGUAGCUCUCCCAAGACGCCAAUAGAUCUCGCCAUUGACUUCAUUCUCCAUGACUUUGAGAUGGCAGAGCUGGCAACAUUACUUGCACUGAAGGAACCAACUGCUUUCUCAGCCAUAUUAACUUUUACAGACACACAUGGAGAAUGCAUACCCUGGUUCAAAUGUCCUGAUUGUAACGUUGACCAAUGGGGAAUCGAAACGAAUCGAGUCUCAAUCGAAAAUGGCCAAGGCAUGCAAUGGAGGCAAUGGAUAUGUCCUCACGGCGAUGCUGCUAAGCCCUAAAGAUUUGUCAUGCCAGUUCUGAAUUUUGGAGGGAAUUGAUAUGUAAUGAUGGUUCAUUGGAGGAAGAAAUGAGAGAGAAAGUGCAGAGG